GAUUGGGGAGAGGACAAAUAAUUACAGCUCUCCCUCCCUCGCUCGAUCCAUCUCUGACAUUUAUCUUCUCCUUUUUUUUUUAAAUAAAAUAAUAAUAUUUAUUUGGUUCGCCGGAGAAAUAUCAACGAUGGGGGAAAGCGGCGGUUGUUGUCCGCCGAUGGAUUUGAUGAGGUCAGAGCCGAUGCAGCUGGUUCAGCUCAUUGUUCCCAUGGAAUCAGCUCAUCUCACCGUCUCUUACCUUGGGGAUCUCGGCCUCGUCCAAUUCAAAGACCUAAAUUCAGAGAAGAGCCCUUUUCAACGUACUUAUGCUGCUCAGAUAAAAAGAUGUGGAGAGAUGGCACGUAAGAUUCGUUUCUUCAAGGAUCAAAUGUCCAAAGCUGGAGUUUUACCCAAGGAUUCGCUGGAGAAUGGAACUGAUAUCGACCUGGACGAUGUCGAGGUUAAGCUCGGAGAGCUCGAAGCUGAACUUGUUGAGAUCAAUGCCAAUAAUGACAAGUUACAGCGUUCCUAUAAUGAACUUAUGGAGUACAAAUUGGUCCUUGAGAAGGCUGGCGAGUUCUUUUCUUCUGCUCAUACAAGUGCUACGGCUCAACAGAGAGAGAUAGAUUCACAGCAAGUGGGUGAAGAUUUGCUGGAGGCUCCUUUAUUGCAGGAAGACAAGUCUAUUGAUUCUUCAAAGCAAGUAAAGCUUGGAUUUCUCACUGGAUUAGUACCCCGUGAAAAGUCAAUGGUCUUUGAGAGGAUUCUAUUCCGUGCUACUAGGGGCAACGUCUUUAUUCGACAGACUGUCAUUGAGGAGCCGGUCAUCGAUCCCAACUCUGGGGACAAGGCUGAGAAAAAUGUUUUUGUUGUCUUUUAUUCCGGGGAAAGAGCAAAAAGCAAAAUUCUUAAAAUAUGUGAAGCGUUUGGGGCCAAUCGUUAUCCUUUCAGUGAAGACCUUGGAAAACAAGCUCAAAUGAUAACUGAGGUGUCAGGUCGAUUAACAGAGCUUAAAACCACCAUAGAUGCUGGUUUAGGUCACCGUAACAUUUUGUUGCACGCCAUUGGAGAUAAAUUUGAGCUGUGGAACCUCAAGGUGCGCAAAGAGAAAGCUAUCUAUCAUACUUUGAACAUGCUUAGUCUUGAUGUAACUAAGAAGUGCCUUGUGGCCGAGGGCUGGAGUCCUGUCUUUGCAUCAAACGAAAUUCAAAAUGCAUUAAAGCGUGCUGCAGUUGACUCCAAUUCGCAAGUUGGAUCAAUAUUCCAGGUUCUGAGGACCAAAGAGUUGUCACCAACUUAUUUUCGCACAAACAAAUUUACUUCUGCAAUUCAGGAAAUUGUUGAUGCAUAUGGUGUGGCCAAGUAUCAGGAAGCUAAUCCUGGUGUAUUCACAAUCGUCACCUUCCCCUUCCUUUUCGCUGUUAUGUUUGGUGAUUGGGGGCAUGGAAUAUGUUUGCUGCUUGCAACUAUGUACUUGAUAGUGAGAGAAAAGAAACUUUCCAGCCAGAAACUUGGGGACAUUAUGGAAAUGGCUUUUGGUGGCCGUUAUGUUAUAAUGAUGAUGUCACUCUUCUCAAUAUACACUGGUUUAAUCUACAACGAAUUCUUCUCUAUUCCAUACCCAUUGUUUGCUCCCUCAGCCUAUGACUGCCGUGAUGCCUCAUGCAGCGAGGCUACAACAAUUGGUUUGAUAAAGGUGAGGGACACUUAUCCAUUUGGUCUAGAUCCUGUGUGGCAUGGUACCCGCAGCGAGCUGCCGUUCCUGAACUCGCUGAAGAUGAAAAUGUCAAUCCUUCUCGGAGUUUCUCAGAUGAACCUCGGGAUCAUAAUGAGCUACUUCAAUGCAAGAUUCUUCAAAUCGAGUGUAAAUAUAUGGUUCCAGUUCAUUCCCCAGAUGAUAUUCUUGAACAGCUUGUUUGGCUAUCUCUCGGUCCUCAUCAUCAUAAAGUGGUGCACUGGUUCUCAAGCAGAUUUGUAUCAUGUGAUGAUCUACAUGUUCCUGAGCCCAACCGAUGAGUUAGGAGAGAACCAACUUUUCCCUCACCAGAAAACAGUGCAGCUGGUGCUUCUCUUUCUGGCUCUUGUUUCUGUUCCAUGUAUGUUGCUUCCAAAGCCCUUCAUCUUGAAGAAACAACAUGAAGCUAGGCAUCAAGGUCAGUCAUACGCACCUCUUGAGGAGACAGAUGAGAGUCUUCAUGUGGAGGCAAGCGGAGGAUCCCAUGGGCAUGAGGAGUUUGAGUUCAGCGAGAUAUUUGUGCAUCAGCUGAUUCACACCAUAGAGUUUGUGCUCGGAGCUGUUUCCAACACCGCUUCUUACCUGCGUCUAUGGGCUCUCAGUCUUGCACACUCAGAGCUAUCGUCAGUCUUUUAUGAGAAGGUCCUCCUCCUCGCUUGGGGGUAUAACAAUUGGUUGAUCCUGAUCGUUGGGAUAAUCGUGUUCAUAUUCGCCACGGUGGGAGUGCUGCUGGUGAUGGAGACACUGAGUGCGUUCCUUCACGCACUGCGUCUACACUGGGUAGAGUUUCAGAACAAAUUCUACGAAGGAGAUGGUUACAAGUUCGCUCCUUUCUCUUUCAUUCUUACCGCAAACGAGGACGAGUGAUAUGAAUGGAUGAAUGAUGAUUCAUUCCCAUCUCAUCCUCUCUGCCAUUUGCAUAUAUAAAAGAGGCCCAGCUAGACCCAAGUUCUAUUUAUUUAUUUUCCCCUUCUCUCUAUAUCUUUAUUUAUUUGCCUGUGUGGAGAUCAGAUUUUUUACAGACAAAAAAAGAGAGGGGGAUAAUGGGAUUUGUUUGAGACAAAACCCAUUUGUUGUUGUGUUUGUGUUUGUUUGGAAUUAAAUAAAAAUAAUAAUGAGCUGUGGGUAUGACAAAUAAUGUGAGGAUUUGGGACCUUUGUUUUAUUAAUAAAUAAUAAUUUUAUGCUCGA